AUGAAGUUCGCCGACGACGCCGCUCUCCUCGUCGAAAGGCUCGCGCCCAGGAUGCAUCAACAGCGUCGACUGCUCCAUCAGCGACUUCACCUCAUCUGCUCCAAGUUCGACAGCAUUCAGCCUCUGUCCACCCUGCUUGCCAGCUCUCAGUGCUCGAGACCAGUGCGACACCCUCCGCCUCGCACUGGCUCUGCAGCAACGCUGGCGACCGUGACCAGCACCGUCGCGUCGCAGACCGUCAUUGUCUCCGGCUCGUCCACCUCCACUGUUGGCUCCAACAGCACUGCCUCGGGCCCCACUGGCUCCCGCACCACCACCGGCACUGGUGCCGAUGCCACCACCUCCGGUGCUGCUACUGAGACCACUGCUGCCGGUGGUGACUCUGCCGCCGGUCGCAUCCAGGCCGCCGGCUGGGCUAUUGCUGGUGUCAUCGCCGCCGCCGUUGCCCUGUAA